AUGCAAAUGCUGAUGGGCUCCAAUUGCGCAGAUAAAUCUGUAUAUAGUUCUCAUAUUAACCAUUAUUUGUAUUUAGUUAGGGAUUAUUUGCAGAACAGCACGAUUUGUGUGUUCUGGCAUAAGAAUUACGAAUUUCAACUAGCUGGAGAUUACUCCAGUAUCAUAGGCAUUAAUAUUGAUACAUUGGAGAAAAGUUUUGAGCAGAAUGUGAUCGAUGCAGAGGUGAGGAGACAACAGCUCAAGCAGCUCGGGCUGCACUACGACGAUCUAGUGCUGAAGCUAACGUUGUCCAUAGAGAGCUCACACUGCGAGACUUUUCUGAUCUUUGGCGAAUUUAUGAGCCGCUUUGUGGCCGCCUUCGCACAGGCCUCCAUGUACUCCAUUUGGCGCUCGAUGCGCAACAAAUUCGUAUUUGCUCAUGUGGCACAGGAGUUGGAUGAGGAGGCUUGCUGCAGCAGCUACUUUUUUCAGGAUCAGCCCAACAUACUUUUCGUACUGCGCAGCUAUGCGAAUGCAACAGACUUUGAGCUGAAGACGAAUAAAUAUGUGGGACCCAGAGCAGAGCAGCCGCAGCAGCUCAUCUUGAUAGAUCGCUAUGAUGCACGACUGCAGCUGUUUCAGCACAAUGUUCCUCUAUUUCCGGAUAAACUCAGAGAUUUGCAGGGCCGUGAGGUGAUCAUCGCCUGCUUUGACUACAGACCCUACACAGUCAUCAAAUAUACCAGUCCGAGCAAUGCGCGUGAUGUGGGCGUGGCAAUGAACUCGAAUUUAUCCCAAGUCUACAUCGAUGGCACUGAGACCCAAGUCGUGCUCAGCUUUUGUGCCCAAUUCAAUUGUACGGUGCAGAUUGAUACAUCCGAUGCCAACGACUGGGGCAACAUCUAUCCCAACAUGUCGGGCGACGGCGCCUUGGGCAUGAUUCUCGGGCACAAGGCGGACAUUUGCAUUAGCGCCAUGUACACGUGGUACGAUGACUACACCUAUCUGGACCUCUCCAUGUACCUGGUGCGUUCGGGCAUUACGUGCCUGGUGCCGGCGCCCAAGCGCCUGGCCAGCUGGUACCUGCCCCUGGAGCCGUUCCAGGCCACCCUCUGGGCGGCGGUGCUGCUCUGCCUGAGCAUCGAGACGUUCGGCCUGGUGCUGGCCCACAGAAGUGAGCUGGAGCUGUAUGCUGGCGCCACGCCCAGUCACGGCUGGUGGCUGAGCACGAAGUUUGGCCUCGUGACGACCUUCAAGCUGUUUCUCUCGCAGUCGGGCAACAGCCACGCCCGCUCCGUAACGGUGCGAGUGCUGCUCUUCGCCUGCUUCCUGAACGACAUCAUCAUCACGAGCAUCUAUGGCGGCGGCCUGGCCAGCAUCCUGACCAUACCCAGUCUGGACGAGGCGGCGGACACGAUGCAGCGCAUGCUCGCCCAGCGGCUGCAGUGGGCGGGCAACUCAGAGGCGUGGGUCUCCUCGCUUCGCGGCUCGGAUGAUCCCCUGAUCAACGAACUGCUGGGCAACUUUCGCGUCUACAGCGAUGAUCAAUUGAUGGAGCUGGCACAGAGCCAGCGCAUGGGAUUCACCUUAGAGCGCUUGCCCUUUGGCCACUUUGCCAUCGGCGACUAUCUGACGGAGCAGUCCAUUGAGCACAUGGUGAUCAUGCAGGAGGAUCUCUACUAUCAGUAUACGGUGGCCUUUGUGCCACGGCUCUGGCCGCUGCUGGAGCGCUUCAAUGCCCUGGUCUAUCGCUGGCACUCGUCCGGCUUCGACAAGUACUGGGAGGAUCGCGUCGUGGCCGAUAACCUAAAUGUGAAGAUUCAGCAACAGGUCGAGAGCACCGUGCUCUCCAGUGGCCAAGACGACAUCGACAUUGAGCCCGUCAUGCUGGGCAUGUCCAAUUUCGCGGGCAUCUUGCUCGUCUGGGUACUGGGCAUCUGCCUGGCCUUGAUGGCAUUCUCCGUCGAAAUGCUCACACUCAAGUACAAGACGUAAACCCGAUCUAGAGAAUGGUAUUGCGUGGUCAGCUAUUGCCAAAUCUGUUUGCGCAACAUUUUGCAAUCGAAAGAUUUCACUUUAUGUAGCGCAGCACAGAUGCGAAAGAUACUAACAUCAUAUAUCAUCGGGCUGAUCUCUUUAAUGUUUUCUUCACUUUAGUUUCACUGAGCCAAGGGCCAACGCGCAACGAUCUCCGGCGAGAUGUCGCCGAGCAAACGACAGGCGGAAGUGGCGUGAAAGUUCUCAGACUCGCUGCGAAUUAUGCUCUUAGGAAAAACAAAACUCAAAUAUAUAUAUUACCUUUUUACCUCAGCGAGAUUUAAUGGCAUAGCCCAUGUACGUGAUAUCAAAUAAAUAAAAAACUAAUAAAAGUGCUCUAGUCGGGAGUAUGUGACUAGGGAAAUACUCAAACAGCUGGACAAUGGCUCACUGUAUACAGAAAUUGUAGAUAAUCUCUUUGUAGAUUAUCUCUUUAUAAGAAAUGUAAUAUAAAGUAACUUCAGUUCUAGAGCUCAGUAUAAAUAUAUUGAGAAAAAUUGUAUAACACAUAAAUCUACAUCUAUCAAGCUGUCUUAAAAAGCAAUCUAUUUAUCGAUAAUAAAAUUAUGGAAAAAUAUAUUAUUUAUGGUAUACAAUUAAUAAUAUAAAGGCUCAUUCUACAUAGAUUACAAAAUCGCAUUGUUCAUACGAAUGGAAGGAUAGACAGACAGAUAUAAAGAUAUAGUUAGAUCGAGUCAGAUUGUUCUGUUGUCUUAUAUUUAAUCUGGCUUCCAGCCAAAGGAACAUCAGGAAAGCAGGUAAACAUGAACAUGAUAUGGUUUAGAGAUAUAUUCAUUAUAAUGAGCUCUAACUAAUGAGUUGAACAUUAAAAACCCUUUUAGAGUUAGAUGCAUUACAUAUUACUAUAUAUAUAACUAUAUCAUACCUAUAUCAUUAUACCCCAAGUAUAGGGUAUCCACAAAAAAACAGACUAGAUACAAAUUAUUAGCUGCGUAUCUCACAGAUACGAAUAGUUACUUCGCACCAGUGCAAUGAACUGUUACUCUGUUAGCCAAAGCCAGAGCCAGAGACAGAGACAGAUCCAGAGCUAGAUUGGCCGCUCCUUGAGUGUGAAAUUUUGUGAGUGCCUGUGGCCGAGGCCUUGGACAUGGUCAAACAUGAUCAACACAAUGAGUGUGAGUACAUUUCAUGUGAAUUCUCGGCCGCCAGGGGGCGAGGCCGAAAAGUUAAUUGACUGCGCGUUCGGCUUUCGGCAGUCUGGGCUGACGUGAUCUUUGAUUGACAUGCAAAACGUGUUGCAUGCGUUUUAGUUUCUGGGGUUUUCUUUUAGAAAUUGCUAUCGAAAAUGUUUGUUAAAAUAUAUGGAUUUGCGUUUGUAUCUGAACUCGGCUCGUAGUGAAAGUGAAUUGAGCAAAUGGCCGCAGUAAAGCACUCUACACAUCUGUUUUGCCCAAGAUU